AUGUGUAUGACUGUGGUUGGAGCCCCUCAAGUUGCCAUGCAGCUUGUCUCUAUGGUCUACCUUGCCUACCAGGCCUCACCUGAUGUGCUCGAGCAAACACUCGAUUGCUCUGAGUACUUCGCUGGCGGAAUGCAGGUGACACGUGCGUGGGCAGAGCUCAGCUACAACGUGUGCCCGUUCGAGAUCCUCCUGAACCCGGAAGUCAUGGACAUCCUGUCUAUCAAGGGGCGCCUGGGUAAUAAAUAA